AUCAUCAUACGUGGCUUCUAAAGGCUGUCCUCCACUCCGCUAAAAUCAAACAAGCUACAUGGGACGGAAGAAAUUCAAUGUCUCAUUUUCAAAAGUGAGGCAAGGACAGGGCUGUAGCAAGCAAGAGUGCAGAGGCGCAGGAUUGGGGGCGCAGAGUGCAGAAGGCGCAGCCUCGGGUGCAGCAGGGCGUAGGCUCAGGUGCAGCAGGGCGCAGGCUCAGGACUGCCCUGUAGCCUCCCGCACCGAAUCAUAUGCUUUCCCAGAACCAUACUCUAUUCCCAUUUUUCGUCGCCAAACACAUAUUAUCACUUCUAUCCAAACCAGAGCCGAGCUUAGACGAUUCAAUCCCGGAAGAAUCUGUUCUUCAUCUACAAUGGCGAUUUCGCUCUCCGCUUCAACUAUUCCCUCCUUGAAUAUGCAGAGCAGAGUACCUGUUUAUUCUUCGAAAUCUUCGCUUUGCUCUCUUCAAUUUCCUGCUCAGUUUCGCCGAAUUCUGAUCGGAAACAGAGGAGUUUCUUCUCCUUCCGGUCGUCGAUGUCUUCCUCUGGUGGUUGAAGCAAAGAAGCAAACCUUUUCAUCCUUUGAGGAUUUGUUGGCAAAUUCUGACAAACCUGUGUUGGUGGACUUCUAUGCAACCUGGUGUGGUCCUUGUCAGUUCAUGGUUCCAAUUCUCAAUGAAGUCAGUACUAUUCUUAAAGACAAAAUUCAGGUGGUGAAAAUUGACACUGAGAAGUACCCUAGCAUUGCUGAUAAAUUCAGAAUCGAGGCAUUGCCUACUUUCAUCAUUUUUAAGGAUGGAAAGCCAUAUGAUCGUUUCGAGGGUGCUUUGACAGUCAACCAGCUCAUUGAACGAAUUGAAAGCUCCUUGCAAGUCAAGCAAUAGAUAUGGCGAUUCUGAUCUUUACUGGCGCAGUUCAAUAUAACCAAGCUGUUCAAUUGGAAAUCUGAAUCUUGUGAUGAACUAAUGAACGGAUAACAACCUACCUUCCACACAUCCUUUGUAUUUUGUUGAUACAGAAACAGUGCAGAUGAGUUUUUCCCAUGCUGCUUGCGCUUGUGAUGAUACAGAAAGACAUUUUUUCAAUGUUAUAGACAAAUAUUAUGCCUAGAAGUUGCUUAUUAAACAGUCAUUCUAUUCUCUUCAAUUCUCAGAUUAGUUAUGUAUUGUACUAGGCAUGAUUGAUGAUAUUGGUGUCCUUAGCGAUAACUAUUAUCUGACUAUGAGAGUUAAUAGCCAAAUUGCAAGCAUUGUACAAUGUUAACGGUAUUUUGUUUGCUGAUAGCUUAAUGAUUAUUUCAGAAAUGUCUGGACGAGUAUAAAUGUGAAGAAUGGUAAAGCGGGUAAUAUUUUAGAGAGACUAUAACCUUUUUGGGUUUUCCACCGAUAUCCUGGUUUCGCCUCGACUUCUUCAAACUUGACCAACUAUGGUGCACCAGAAUAAUGGGUGAGUUUCCAA